AUGGGCAACAACAACAACAGCAGAACACCGACUCAGGACGAUCCCAAUAUCACUACAACUACAGAAUGGGACUCAGGUGAUAGCGAGGGCGUCGAUUAUGUCUACCAGGACAACCGCAAGCCCUCGCCCCCUUCCGACAAGAAGACCGUGAAGGCCAGGAGUCCAAGGAGGAAGAGAUCACCCAAGGCAAAACCCCGCUGCCACAAGUGCGUAUGUGGAGCAACUUUACACACGCCUGCCGCUGACGAAGAUGUCGGCGAAGAAACCGUCUUUGAGUUAGACACCGACUCUGAGAACGGCGGAUCCCACCGGAGCCAUCCGACGAGGCCAAAAUCCCCUCCUACGCCUGAGCCCAAGUCGCCAACCCCUGAACCCAUUCCACAGCCCCCCCCGGAGAGCCAGGAAAAGAGUCGCAAGGUCAAGAAGAAGAAGAGCGCUACCAAGAAGAGUCACUCCAAAAGGUCUCCAUCUCCGUACAUUGAGGAGUACCCCGAGCAGGCUACUAGGCCAACCAUCCUUUUGAGAGAGCACAAGGCUCCCCGAAGAUUCUCCACAUCCGAUGCCAAACGUGCGGUCGACACCGAAGAGCGCUCCUCGCCGACGUCUUCUGCGAGAGGCAGAUCACCCCCAGCCAGACGCUUUUCGACCGCAUCUCCGGACAAAGCGGCGAGACCUUCCCCCAAACGACCUUCGCACCGUCGACAUCAUCUUGCAGCCAUGCAAAGUGCGGAGGGCGAGCACCCCCUUGGGACAACACCACCCAAGAAGCUCAUCGGCAACCAUGGGGACCGCGACCAGGUCUCCGAGGUGGAAGACACUGGGCCGCCAUUCCCACGCCAAACACAUCAUGGCUCAAGUAACCAAAUACCCAAAAAAAUUACUCGCAGUUCAGCCUGGACGGAGCAUCAGCCACAAUAUUCGUCAUCGUGGCCGCUUAACCCAGGUUUCCAUCACCCACCGGGACAACCACCUCAGCAACCAGCACAGCAAGACCUUCAGUACGACAGCGAUGACGAGAGUGAACAUGAUACACCACACAACGAGUCCAAGUUUGCGGACAACACUUUUUCGAGACCGUCUAGACAGUCUUCAUUCAUGGGGGACCAGUGGCAGAUGGAUGAAGAGUUGAAGAGAGAUAGGGAGUGGGAGGAGGAACAAGAGAGGGAAAGAGAAAGGAUAUUGGAAAGGGAACGAGCUCUGCAGAGAGCUCGAGAGUUGGAGAUGGAGAGAGGCUUGAGCAGAGAAAGAGCACGGGAGAUGGAACGCCAACGAACACAGAGAGAGUUUGAAGAGCGACAACGACUCGAACGAGAGCAAGAGGAGCGACGACGCCACGAGGAGCGUGAGCGUGAGCGUACCCGUUCUAUGCCCCACCGGCGCCGAACAAUGCCCGCCUGGUUGGCUGUAGGAAAUAUGGAUCAGGGCCCCAAGUCUGUGGUCACGGAGCUAUGCGAUAUUUGGCGUGGCCGUGCUUCCGACUGGGAGUCUCCAUAUCCUUCAGACAAUGAAAUCUACUCCGACGACGACGACGACAUGGGCCACCACAAUCGACCUUUCCACCACGGUGGUCCAUCAAGGUUACUGCUCCUCGACAGCUGCCCACCGCGAGAGACUUCCCCCUCACUGCUCCCACCACACGGAGCUAGAAGUCAUUUUGGUCUCGCUCCUAUGGGGCGCCCGCCUGCACCGACAACGAGAUCCCGUUCCCCUGCUCCCUUCCCAGGUCCCCGUUUGGGUCGCACUUGGGCAGGUCAUUCAAGCAGCAAUACGGUGAACGGGUUCUUGCUGUUGGAGGCGGGGCCCCUGUUGAUGGAACCUGAGAUGAUGGAUGAGGAUGAACAAGGGGAGGAGAUGUUCCCACAAGGCACUGAUCCUGCGCAUCGAGGGUGGACGUAUCCAAUGGUGAGUCCUGUUUCGGAACCGCCUCGACUUUCACGGUCGGUGGUUUUGAGAAGACGGUCGAUGGCACCGGAUGAGCCACCUAUUUUUUGCGCGAGGAAGACGAAGGAGAUGUUGUCGCCUACGCCGGUUAGGGCAACGAGGUUUGAUUUUGAAGGUUGGGGUCGCGAUAGGAGUUCGAGGAGUUCGUUGGGGUUGGGGUUGAUGGGUUGA